UUUGAAACUGAUGUGUGUUUGUCGUCUGCAUGGAGUUGUACCAGUCCUUGAACAUUUUCCUCUUCCAAAUUAACAAAAAUACUGCGUGAAAAUAAUGGAUAAGUUAUUCGACCGUUUUCUACACUGGUGGGACGAAGUUACAGGAUGUUUUUACUUUCAGGAGAGCAAAUGUAUAUCCACAGCAGUCGGUUUCUCGUCGAUGUUAUUUCUGUUACUGUCGUACUUGGUGUUGUUUUGCGGGAGUUGGAAAUUCAAAGAUACCCUCAGUAUUACUGUGUGUGUGUUGUAUUCUCUAAUUGGAAAUGUGUGUAACGUAGCUGGAGCUUUUCUAUCAAAUCAAUCCUUUCUUCAGCUUAUUAUGGCUGCAUUUAUGACAACGUUGGAUUUUGUGCACCUGCUGUCCAUCACUGUAGUAAUGUGUUGGUGGAGCAACUCCAAAACUGGGAAAAAAGCAAGAAUGAUAAGCAAAAGAAGAAGACAGAACCUCCCGGCUGUGUGUCUGCUGUUCGGAGUGGGAGGAUGUGUUUACCUUAAUGGACGCAUGAACCACACUCACCCCAUCACCCAAGGCUUUUCAACCAACAGGAAACUACUAAAUGUCAUUGUGCAUGACAAUAUAGAGCUGAUUGGAUAUGUGCUUGGUCUUCUGUACUUUGUGAUCAGCUGGACAUCCAGGUUUCCUUUUUUCCUCAAAGCUAAUAGAGGAGAAAUGAGUGACCCAGCACAUGUGUCUUCAAGGGUUUUAAGUGCUUUGGCUGGAGCUCUUUAUGCCUCUGCCAUAUUGCUCUAUGACCCACUGGUGGAGUCUAUUGUUAAGGCCUUGCCGUGGAUUCUCUCAGGAGCCAGUGCUGCACUUCUGGACAUUGCUAUUGUGCUCCUCUCAUGUUGCAGAAUCCGGUAUAAGCAUCAGUCUGUUAGGCCACUGGGCUUAGAUACUGAGUCACUUUUAACUAGAUCCAAUAGUAUUACUUCUAAUCAGCAUCACAGUUCCAGAGAUAAAACUGUCAGGAGGCAUCUUUCAUCACGAAAGAGCAGCUCACCGAAAAUGACAGAGAUGGGACGUUACAUCGAUGUUAAUGUUCAGCCUGUUCGAAAGGUGUGUCUAAAGGAGGUUACCAUCACUCGGGAGGGUUUAGCAGAGGACCAGCCUUUAAAAAGAUGUGUGAAGGUGGUGAGGGUGGAUGAGUGUUAUUCAUCCGGCAGCGCUACAGAUUCAUCCUGUCUCAGCUCUGAACUAGAGUGGGAUUUUGAAGAGGCCAGUCCACAGUGGAGUGCACAGAAUGGAGAGCCGCACAGUGUAAAGAUGUUUCCUCUGCAAGACUGGGUGGUAGGUCAAAGGUCAAAGUCCGACACCAGUUCAAGUUCUUGUUUCUGCAACAGAGCUGAUCUGGAGGAGACGACAGCAUCUGCAUCAACUGACACUAACCUGGAUUGUUUAGAUUCGGUUAAAGCAUUUUGAUUUGACACUUAACAUGCAUUUUUGUAAUAUUUAUUACAUUGAUGUAUUUAAUAUGUUUAAUAAAUGAUGAGAAUGUGUAUAA